AUGAGUUCAAAGAAUGCCCCUGUCGUCACUGGUGCAAUUCCGCCCAGUGCCAGCGAUCCUGAUCUAGAGGCGUGGUGGGAGGACUUUCUAGCCAAAAAAAAGAUUGAAGAUGCCCAAGAUGAAGAUGCGAGGCUUGCAUGGGAAACCUGUGCACAGCGCAAAUUGAAAUUUAUUCGCGAGGUUCGCCUAUUAACAGAUCUCUAUGAACCUAUCGGGAAGAAGGUCCACUCUAUUUUGUCCUCUGAUCACGACAGAAGAGGUGAAAAGUUGUACCAAGAAUGGUGCAAGGUGAGGCGUAAGGAGUGCUUGCUCGCUUACUACGACAAUCCAGUCUUCCGCGCAAUUUAUACCAACUACCGUUUCCUUAGUAGUGCAACAAGUUUUCUACAGGCCCUUGUAGAGCGAAUCAUUCCUGAGCACCCUGAAGUGGAAGUGUACCUACGCGACCACGUCAAACGGGUGAUUAGUAUUGGUGUCGGCCCGGGCGCAGACAUCGCUGCAUUCUUGUCCUUCGCUCGCUGUCGCGGCUUUACCAACCGACUGGUUUAUUACUCGAUCGAUCAGAGUGAGGGCUGGUCCCCUUUUCUUAUGGCCUUCGAUCGUCAGUGGUCAAUGGUGCAUGGUGUGUCCAUAUGGUUCAAGUCCUGGAGAUUUGGUAAGCGUGACGACGUAGUCUGCCUACCUGAUGCCGACAUGGUGGUGUUCAGUUUCUCCAACACAACCCUAAUGGAUAAAGCUAUCUGGCCUCUCCUGCAAGAACGUUAUCGGUUCAUUCUUGUCCUCGACGGUAUGAAGGACAUGGUUGUAACCAAUUUUAGCGGCGCGGGAUUUUCUGAUUUCCGAUUAUCUGAAAAGACCACUGUAUACUACCACUUCGGAGGACUCCCCACAGGCGAGAACAACAAAUCGCAUGCUAGUGGUGACGAAGUCAAUCAAUAG